AUGCGGCGGCUGGGCGCGGUGCAGCGCAAGGUGCCCUGCCUGUUCGUCACCGAGCUGAGGGACGAGCCGGCGCUCAAAAGAGACCACCAGCCAUUUAAAGUUUUGGCAACCGAAACUAUAAAUCAUAAAGCAUUAGAUGCAGAUAUAUACAGCGCAAUUCCUACUGAAAAAGUGGAUGGAACGUGUUGUUAUGUUACUACUUACAAAGGUCAGCCGUAUCUUUGGGCUCGAUUAGAUCGAAAACCCAGCAAGCAAGCGGAAAAACGAUUUAAGGGAUUUCUCUAUUCCAAGGAAAGCACAAAAGGGUUUGUUUGGAAUGUUGAGGAAGACUUCAAGCCUGUUCCCGAGAGAUGGAUUCCAGCAAAAGAAAUAGAAUGUUUAAAUGGAAAUCCAGUCCCUGAUGAAAAUGGGCAUAUUCCAGGUUGGUUGCCGGUGGAGAAAAAUAAUAAACAAUAUUGCUGGCACUCUUCUGUAGUCAAUUAUGAGUUUGAAACAGCCCUUGUAUUAAACUGUCAUGCUGGUGACCCUGGCCUUCUAGAAAUCAGUGCAGUACCAUUAUCCGAUCUAUUGGAACAAACGUUAGAACUCAUAGGAACAAACAUCAAUGCUAAUCCAUAUGGAUUAGGAAGCAAGAAGCAUCCUGUACACCUUCUUGUUCCACAUGGAGCAUUUAAAAUAAAAAGUCAGCCUAGCCUGAAGCACAGCGACCUAUUGACUUGGUUUGAGAGUUGCCGAGAGGGUAAAAUUGAAGGCAUAGUGUGGCACUGCAGUGAUGGCCGCUUAAUCAAGGUCCACCGCCAUCACCUUGGCUUACGUUGGCCAAUACCAGACACUUACAUGAACUCUCAGCCGGUUGUUAUUAAUAUAAGCAGCGCCAAAUAUGGCUGUGACUCGGAUUCUAAAUGUCUGUUUAAUCGUUUUUCUAAGCUAGAUAGUCAAAAAUUUGGAAGUCUCAGAGACAUAAAGCUGGAUGGUUGAAGUGCUGUCCAGUGGAGUAAAGUGAAAUGUUGGAAGAGUACGUUUGCUUGAAUGAAAAGUGACCCCUUUUCUCUUUACUGCAAAAAGUGUUUAAAAUCAAACCCAGAGAACAAUAGAAUGUUUAAGCCUUCCAUAUUUUUCUUAACUUAAAAACAGCUCUAGGCAUCGAUUGGGAGUGAGGGUCUAGAAGCUGCUUUUAGCAGCCUCAAGGUGCCUGGGCAGUUUUGUUGUGAAGAAAAGAAAAACUGAUAUAAUUCCUGGCCUAAAUGUUUAGGGAUACAGUUAGGUGAGUGAAGUCUAUUCCACUUGAUACUGGAUAUAUAAAAUAAUUCUCAACCUCAUUUUAUGAUCCUGAAUGUGGGGUCUCAACUCUAAUUCAAACAGGGAAAUUAAAGGCUUAGUACACACUGGGCUACUCAUGAAGGAAAAUGGUUAAACUUCAAGAGAAACUAGACACAGAAAUUCUAACGUCCAUACCUGUAAAUUAUAAAUGCUAAAUAAGGACUUUACUAUGGCUCCAACUCAAUAGAGAAUGUCACACACUAUAUACAUAAUGCAUCAUUUACAACUUAUAGUUCAUAUAAAGCAUACAAAAAUAAUUCUAAUAUAUUAAAAUAUGUUCAAUUAGAUUCUGUAAAUCUGAUGGGAAUCAUUUAUAAAGAAUGGAAGACUGGUUACUGAAACCUCUUUCACAGCCGUG